UUUGUCGACUUUUAGAUAUGGCUUUGAUUCAGAAACGUCAAGCUCUCAACUCUAGGAGGCCGAAUUGGUCGGAACUUCCUGAGGAUGUGAUCAGAUUGGUUCUGGGACGUCUGAGGUGCUCCGACUUUCAUCGAGCUAGGGCGGUUUGUUCUGCUUGGCAUAACGUUUGGGGAGAAUGUGUUCCCUUACCUAAUCAGGUUCCGUGGCUAGUUCUGUUCCCUGAUCCGGAACAAUGCAGACGCACUUGUAUAAUGUACAAUCCUCAGGAAGAAGAAAAUGUCUACACAAUUCAAGAUCUUGGUGUGGACCCUUGCCUUGCGAGUUGCGGCACCUGGCUUCUCAUGUCGGACCCUCGGUUAAAUCUAUACCUUGUGAAUGUGCUAACUUUGGAGAGGAUUAACCUAGUAGCUAUCGAGUCCCAACGGGACCAGCUCUUUUCAAAACCACGCAGAUAUUACGAAAGCUUCCCUGGGCGUUAUUGUGCAAGCAAAGCCGAGUUGAUCAGGUUGUUACCUGGUAAGGCAGUGGUGUGGGUAGACGAGAAAACUAAAAACUACGAGGUUGCUUGGAGUUGGGGUGAAUACGGGUAUACUGCCUUUUGCAAAAGAGGAGAUUGUAAAUGGCGCCGGAUUCCUCCUUUGGUGGGUUGUAGUGAUAUGGUCCUCAAAGACCAUAAGCUUUACAUUUAUUAUGAGGAUGGUACCAUCGGAAUCUCGGAUUUGAAGUGUCCAACAAAAGCUGCUCAUACUCGGCUAUAUCCUCCUCCCUUUCGCUUCUACUUGAGAAAUUUAGACACUCCUCCAAGUUGGGGAUUAUAUAUGCCAGAUUUUCUUGAUUGGAAGACCCACAUAGUAAUCACCAUCUCUGGAGACUUUUUGAUGGUCGCCUGCGUUCUUAAACGUCCUGACCUUUCUUGGCAUUUUCGCGUCUACAAAUGCAACUCGGCCAACAACGACUGGGAACAAACUGUUUCACUCGGCGACCAGGCCGUGAUUUUGGAUCUAGGUAUCACCGUGCCAGCUUCCUCGGAUAUCCAUGGAAUUACCAGAAACUCCAUCUAUUUUAGCGGCCUUCCCUCUAGCCAAAAGGAUGUCUUCGUCUUCAAUCUCUCCUCCCAGAGGAUUCAACGCCUUUCAGCUUCUUCUAUUUCCUCCAGACCAUUCUUUGAUGCUCGCUGGCUUUUCCCCACUUAGUUCAAGUUCACUAUGAUACACUUUCUCAACACUUGCGUUUUUGUUCAAUUAUAUAUGUCUCUCUU